AUGGUCAGAAAUCCUCAUGCUCAGAUUCAGCAACAGUUACCACACCCAUUCAGAAAUGUUCCAUUUUAUCUUGGCGCAUUUCGUUCUGUGCCUGUAAAAUACGUUGCUAUGAUUCAAGACGGACCUCCCAAUUAUGGUGGACACAUCACAACAACCAUUUUCAUCGUGGACGUUUCUGGACAUGUUUUGGAAGAUAUAGCUACAAAGUAUAAGACCUGUAUUCACAUCACUAGUGCAAACGAAGCAACAAGACGCGAAUUUAUUUCAUCCAUUCUUCAUGGCGUUGCUUCUUGCUAUGGUGGUGAAGUGAAGAUACGAUUAUCGUUGUUACCCAGGCUAAAAGAGAGAAUAUUAAGUAUUAACCAAGGUGUUGGUCAGAAUGCAAUUCAGUUACAAGCUUCGUCUCAGCGUGAUAAAAAGAAAAUGUAUGGUAUUGUUUCGACAGGGGUCGAUUGGGUCAUAAUUAAGUUAGUCACUACUGGUGAAUGCAAUGAUAAUGAUAAUGGGAAUGUCGACGUAUUAUUGAGUUCUCGAACACCAUUUACUUUUCCCAUUAACGAAUAA